CUUAAAUAAAGCAUUGAGUAAUAAUAAUAACUAUUCAUAGAUAAAUGAAAGUAUUGUUUAAGAGAAGAUGUUAAGUAGCACUAGCAGCCUCAAACCAAUACUCAGAAAUACAGCAAUGUCCAUCUUCACAAUCUUGUUUCUCCUUCUCAUUUCUACAGCAGCAGAAGCUCAGAGAAGAUCCUCCAACAUCACCUUAGGCUCUUCCCUCACUCCCUCCUCCAACUCCUCUUGGCCUUCCCCCUCCGGCGUCUUCGCCUUUGGAUUCUUCCCUCAACACGUCAACAGCUACGCUGUCGGCAUCUUUCUUCCCGACAAAACCGUCGUCUGGACAGCGAAUAGGGACAGCGAUCCGACCGUCCCCAGCGACGUCGUCUCCCUCAUACUAACCCCCGAGGGCCGGCUAGUCCUCCGCCGGAGACAAGGCCAAGACGUAGACGUCAUCAGCCCCAACGCAACCAUCGCGUUGGCAUCAAUGCUCGACAACGGAAACUUUGUUCUCUACGAUUCCGAGUCUAGAAUCAUCUGGCAGAGCUUCGACCACCCGACAGACACCCUCCUCCCCGGGCAGCGCCUCCAGGAAAGGGAAGAGAUCGUCUCCAGCGCCUCGGAGACAGACUACGGGAGAGGGAAUUUCAGGCUGAAGAUGCAACAUGAUGGAAACCUCGUGCAGUAUCCUGUCAACACGCCGGACGCACCACCUUACGCUUACUAUGGAUCACAAACAAACACAGAUGGUAACGUCUCUCUCAACCUCGGCAGCGACGGCCGACUCUAUCUGCUGCUCAACGAUACAGCGACUCUGCAGAAUCUAUUCGAUGGUGGACUCCCUACGCAGGGAUACAUCAAUCUCAUGAGGCUCGACGUCGGAGGAAUCUUCCGCAUCUACUCUCUCUCCCUCGGUGAUCUCAACUUGACCAGGAGAUGGUCCUCUACAGACGACGAGUGUGCUCCCAAAGGAAUCUGCGGAAUCAACGCCUUCUGUAUUCUGUUGGAUAAUAAGCCGGAAUGUCAGUGCCUUCCCGGUUUCUUCUUCCCUCAGUCGGGCAACUACGCAGCCGGCUGUUCGAGAAACUUCUCGGUGCAGGGCUGUUCCAAAACAGAUAAUAGAGUGAAGUACGAUAUGAGAACAGUCGAAAACACCGCAUGGGAGGAUAGUUCUUAUGAGAUUUUGGAUAAUAUGACAAGUGAAGAAGAUUGCAGCAAAGCAUGCCUCGAUGACUGCAACUGCGAAGCAGCCUUCUUCAAAGAUAACAGCUGCCUAAAGCAGAAGCUUCCGUUAAGAUUCGGGAGAAGGUCUCCACAAAACUCAAGCAUGGCUCUCAUUCGCUACAGUACAAACACGGUGGCACCCGACUUUGGAGGCGAUUCCGACCGUAAAAGAAUCAUCAAGAAUGAGGGGCAUAUGGGCAUCCUCAUCAUCGGAAUUGUUCUCAUAUCCAUAGGAGUCUUGUCGUUGUCAAUUUCUGUGAUCUUUAUUCGCCAGAGACGGAAGGACUACAUGAAGAUCGGCAAGGAAGAUGGAGCUAACUUUGUCGAGGGCAUUUCGCUUCAAGUGUUCACAUUCGAGCAUCUAUCCGAAGCAACAAACGGCUUCAAGGAAGAGCUCGGGAGAGGAGCAUCUGGCACGGUUUUCAAAGGGGUUAUGCAGAAUGGCCAGAAAAUGGUGGCGGUGAAGAGGUUGGAGAAGGAAUUCGCCCAUGGAGAGAUAGAGUUCCAGACAGAGCUGAAGACGAUUGGUAAGAUGUAUCAUAGGAACCUUGUCCGGCUCCUAGGUUACUGCUUCGACGGAGACAACAAACUAUUGGUGUUCGAGUUCAUGAGCAACGGAUCCCUCGCUGACAUACUUUUCAAUCAAGAGAAACGGCUGAAAUGGGAGGAACGGAUGGAGAUCGCUCAAGAUAUAUCGAGAGGGAUACUAUAUCUGCACCAAGAGUGUGAGACGCAAAUCAUUCAUUGCGAUAUAAAGCCUCAGAACAUACUCAUGGACGAUAACAGGCGUGCAAAGAUAUCGGAUUUUGGGCUGGCAAAGCUCUUGAAACAAGAUCAGACUAAUACAAUUACUGGGAUAAGAGGCACUAAGGGCUAUGUUGCACCAGAGUGGUUCCAAAAGCAGGCGAUCACAGUGAAAGCCGAUGUGUAUAGCUUCGGAGUGGUGCUGCUGGAGAUCAUAUGUUGUAGGAAGUGUGUUGAUCAUAGCAAGAGUGAGGAUGAGGCGAUUCUUGAGGAAUGGGUUUACGACUGUUAUACAACGGGGAAGAUUGGGAGUCUGGUGGGGGAUGAUGAAAUGGUGGAUGAGAGUGAAGUAGAGAGGAUGGUGGAGAUAGGAAUAUGGUGUGUACAGUAUGAGCCGUCGCAACGUCCAACAAUGAAGAACGUUCUGCUAAUGUUGGAGGGUAUUGUCGAGAUUCCCGUACCUCCUAAUCCUUCUUUUUCUUAAGUUCCAUCUAGCUUUGCUAUGUGUGUGCUAUCUCCGUUCGUGUACUAAAGACCUUGUUGGUUGGUUGUGACUCAAGUUGGAAUGUGUUUUAAUCAAUUGUUAGAGUGUUUUGUGAGUGGAAUGCAUUUUAAUAAAUUUUUGAAUAAAUUAUUUGAGUAUAUUAA